CCUCUUCUUCCCUCCUCUACGAACAUCUCUCCGCUCCUCACCACCCCAACGUCUUCUGCCACUCGCGGCGUCGACUGAAAAGCUUUCGUCUUUCUUUUCAGACCGGAUAUCUGCUCGGUCAGAUCAUCUUUAAAACCCAAAUCUCCACUCCACCAAAGGUUCUCAUUCCAGAAGGCAGCGAACCAACCCCUCGGCCACGUUUACAUACAAAGAACACAUUUUUGAAACCACUCGAAGUUUAUCACCAACUCUCCCACCCUCAUACAUACAAAAGUCAGCUCACGAUUGAUCUCGGGAUCAUAAUCACUCUUUCCGCCUUACCACAAGGGCGAAGAAAAAACGAGCGUUUAUCGCUCAAGGAUGCCCCACCCCGUGUCGCCUUCUAGCCAACAGCCCACCAUGCCGCCCACCAUGAUAUCCAAAGCCGCUGGUCCUCCACCAUCAAAAGAGGAUGUCACCGCAAUCCUCGACGCUUGCUUUACCGCGGCCUCGUCCGACCUUUCAGUCGCUGCAGCAUACUCGCUCUGCGAUCUGUUCCUCAACUCUGUCGGUUUCCGUGGAUUGACUCAGUAUGGAGUCCUCGCAGAAAUCAAAAAGGCUGCCGCCGACAAGAAGAGCGGAUUGAAGAGAGAGAGUGCCCAAAACUUGCUGGGUGCCAUCUUCGAGAGAUUACCCCCUCAACAAAAGAUUAGCGAGGUUGUUUUCUUAUUGCAGGACGGAGGCAUGCUCGGAUGCGCCCUUGAUGCCCUUUCUGAUAAGGGUGCUGUUGUUCGCGAUGCUGCAAAAUACGGCCUGGACGAAUUAUUCAAGAACUUGAGCUCUGAGGCUCUCGUUGUUGGUCUUCUUCCAGCACUCCUUAGUUACCUCUCAAAGCGUUCCGGAAAAUGGCAAGGAACCGUCGGAGCAUACAAGAUGAUCCAAAAGAUGGCAGACAAGGCGAAGAUGGAAGUUGGUUCCACCAAGGAGGAAGCAAAUAACAAGGAUAUUCUUCGAGAGUCAAUGGGCACAAAGAUGGCAGCACUCAUCCCAAUCGUCGAGGCUGGAAUGCACGACUUGAAGUCCGAGGUCGAGAAGCAAUCUGUUGCCACCAUGAACUCGAUGACUGCACUUUUGUCAAAUGACGAUGUUGCCCCACGAAUUCCUCUUCUCAUCAAGACUAUGCAGAACCCUUCUACCGAAACCCUUCAAAAGGCUAUUCAUGCGCUUUCUCAGACCACUUUCGUCGCCAUUGUUACUUCACCAGUCCUUGCUCUUCUCACCCCUCUUUUGGAAAGAUCGCUCAACACCCCAUCUACUGCCCAAGAAGUUUUGAGACAAACAGUCGUUGUCGUCGAAAAUUUGACCAAACUUGUUCACGACCCAAUUGAAGCACGAACUUUCUUGCCAAAAUUGAAGCCUGGUGUGAAGUCCGUAGAGGACCGUGCCUCUUUGCCAGAAGUUAGAGACAUGGCCAAGCGAGCUCUUGGUGUCAUUGAUAAAGCCAUGGGUGAGGACAGCGGAGAUGCUUCAAGCACUGUCAUCGAGAGAACUUCUGUCGAGGAUGUUGCAAAGAUCUUGGAAGCUGAGAUCAAAAAUGCAGGAGGCCUUGGUGGUGACUUGGAUACCUUCAAGCUCGCACGCCCUUACAUUUGCGGCAUGGUUGCUGAGGAUGUUAACCACCGCCAAACUCCCCGUAUCUCAUCAUGCAUUGCUCCUUACCUUCAACAUAUCAUGAAGACUCCUGAAAGCGCCUCUACCGUUGCAGAAGCUGUCCAGAAAUAUUACGUCGACGAAGACCACCGCAAGUUUGGCCAACCAGUUGUCCAAGAGGAGGGCGAGAUCGAAAUUGUCAACACCGAUUUCUCGCUUGCCUACGGAGGCAUGUUGCUACUUUCUCAUACUAACCUUCGUCUGUUGAAAGGACACAGAUACGGUCUUUGUGGUAGGAACGGUGCUGGAAAAUCGACUCUCAUGCGCGCCAUUUCCAACGGCAAAUUGGAGGGAUUCCCUACCCAGGAUGUCCUUCGUACCUGCUUCGUUGAGCACAACCAAGGAGAGGAUGCCGAUAUUAGCAUCCUAGAAUUCGUUGCCAAGGAUCCGGAGAUUGGAAAGGAAGGAAUUGAACGUAUUUCUGAGGUUUUAAGUGAAGUCGGUUUCACUUCUGGUCCUAAUGGUCGUCAAGCUGAGAAGGUUGGCUCUUUGUCCGGUGGUUGGAAGAUGAAGUUGGCUUUGGCUCGUGCUAUGUUGAUGAAGGCUGAUGUCCUCCUUCUUGACGAACCUACCAAUCACUUGGAUGUUGCCAACAUCAAGUGGUUGGAGACAUAUCUCCAGACCCACCCAGAUAUCACCAGUUUGAUCGUAUCUCACGACUCUACCUUCCUCGACAAUGUCUGCACAGAUAUUUACCACUACGAACCAGGAAAGAAGCUCAAGUGUUACAAGGGUAACUUGGCUGAGUUUGUCAGACAAAAGCCAGAAGCAAAGAGUUAUUACACUCUUUCCGCAUCUCUUGUCCAGUUCAAGUUCCCGGCUCCGGGAAUUCUCACUGGUGUCAAGUCACAAACUCGUGCCAUUCUCCGUAUGAACGACUGCUCAUACACCUAUCCUGGAUCGAACAAACCAUCUCUGCACAACGUCACUUGUCAAUUGACUUUGUCUUCCCGAACUGCCAUCAUUGGUGGUAAUGGUGCUGGAAAAUCCACUUUGAUCAAACUCCUUACUGGCGAGACCAUUCCUACGAGUGGUAGUGUCGAGAAGCAUCCUAACUUGCGUAUUGGUUACAUCAAACAGCACGCUCUUGAACACGUCGAAAUGCAUCUCGAAAAAACGCCUAACCAGUAUCUUCAAUGGCGUUACGCUAACGGAGACGACCGAGAAGUGUACAUGAAGCAAACUCGUAUCCUUUCCGAUGAAGACAAGGCACAGAUGGAGACUCUUGUCGAUGUUGGGGACGGAUCAGGUGGAAAAAGAAUCGAGGCAAUCAUUGGUCGUCAAAAGUGGAAGAAGACCUUCCAAUACGAGGUCAAGUGGGUUGGUCUCCUUCCUAAAAACAAUACACAAAUCUCUCGCGAGACUCUUAUCAAGCUUGGAUUCAACAAGUUGGUUCAGGAGUUUGACGAUCACGAGGCUUCUCGUGAAGGUUUGGGAUUCCGAGAACUUUCUCCAAAGGUCAUCUCCAAGCAUUUCGAAGAUUUAGGUCUUGACCCUGAGAUUGCCAACCACAACGAAAUCUCCGGUCUUUCUGGUGGACAAAAGGUCAAAGUUGUGUUGGCUGGUGCCAUGUGGAACAACCCCCAUCUCCUCGUUCUUGACGAACCUACCAAUUUCUUGGAUCGUGACUCUCUUGGUGGUCUUGCGGUCGCUAUUCGUGACUACAAGGGUGGUGUCGUUAUGAUUUCUCACAACGAGGAAUUCGUUGGAGCUCUUUGCCCUGAGCAAUGGCACGUGGCCGAUGGUCGUGUCACCCACAAAGGAAAUCUUGCGGUUUCAGCAGACAGAUUCGAGGACAGCAGCAAACCAAACAGUGGAUUUAACAGCAGUGUUGUUAGCAGAGCUACUAGUGCUCAAACCAGCGCUGCCAACAGCACCGUUACCAGUGGUGCUGAGGAUAAUGCAGAUAUGACUUUCAGAGCUAGAAAGAAGAAGAAGAAGACCAAGAAGGAGUUGAAGGAGCAAGAGGUCCGAAGAAGAUUGAGACACAUUGAAUGGUAAGUUCUACCUCUUUCCCAUACACCAAUGGAACAUUUUACUAAUCUUCUCUCAGGCUCAACUCUCCCAAGGGGACCCCACAUCCUCCAGACUCUGACGCUGAUGAUUAAUGAAUUUCGGACGCUUUACCGACACACGUUUUCUUUUUUUUUCCCCAAGAACCCUCUCUCUUCGUGAGAUGAGGUUUUAAUAGGGACGAAAGAAGUAUAGAGAAAGAAAGUUUAGAGAUGCAUUUGGAAUAUUCGUGCAUAUAGAGUGCCGUUGUACUUCCUUUCUCUUACACUUCGAGAAAAAUUCUUGGGGGAUAAAAAUCUGUUGCGGCGUUUAUAUAUAGAGGACUUUUUGGGGUUUUCCUUUCUCAUUCAUGUCUGGUACCUGCGUCGAUAGAUGAGACAAAGAAUGAAUGAAUAGUAGUAGAUUCUUAAGGAGAUGAUUAGAAUCUUAAUUAUGGUACUUUUGAU